UCGGUCUAUGAUGAGGAAACUUGUAGUCUUAAUCGCGUUGCUUCUAAAAUUAUCUUGUGUCCAAAAUAGAAUGUUAUCGUUCAAUUACGUAACGCUGCCGACAUACGUAGAAGAACCGGAACCGACUCCAGAAGAACACGAGAACGAAAAAGUUGUCGCUCUGAAAGAUUACGACGAUAUGGACCCAGAAGAAUAUAGCAUUAAGAGUAAACAAUUUGUUGAAAGAACUAAGAAGCCGUGUGCAAUAGUCGUGCUAUCGAAUAUGCAAAAUCCGAGCAUGCAGUCUCUUCUGCGCAAAUAUAGAUACGAUGCCAAUGGUGUGCUCAUCCCAAGCAGCGUGAAGUACUUCAUCAAGCUACCACAGGGUCUGCGGUCCUCACCACUACUGGUGCCUCUGAACGAUAAAGCCUUUUCUCCACAAGGAGGAUUUGUCAGGUAUUACAAAGAAGUUCCACCAAUACCGCAUUCGUUUUAAACUUUUCCUUUAUUGUUUUAUAUUGAACCGGCGGAAAUAUAUUUAGCUGUGAAUAUAAGUUGAUUAAUUAUAUGAGCAAAAGCCUUCCUUUUUUCACCCGAAUUAAAAUGAGCAAAUCACUUCA